CAAAAGAGAGAGGGCGCGGCGGGAGAGCUGUGCCGCUCGGCGGCCAGCAACCAGCCCCUGCGGGGCACCCGCCAGGCCGGGGCGUGAUGCUGGCUGCGCCGCCCAGCAGCUUCCCGCCUGCAAGGGGCAGGGCUCAGUUUGCAAAAAGAUGUUUACAGUACUUUCCCGCCAGCCCUGUCAGCAAACAGGUUUCAAGGUGCUCUCCAAAACGUCAACCAUUAUCACUUUGGUAUUUCUGCUUCUAAGCAUAGUUGUUGUUAUUGCUGUUAUACUUGUUCAGAUCAACCACAAAGAGGUCCUUUCUCCAGGACUGAAGUAUGGGAUAGUGCUUGACGCCGGAUCAUCUCGGACUACAGUCUACAUGUAUGAAUGGCCAGCAGAAAAAGAAAAUGAUACAGGAGUAGUAAGCCAAACCUUCAAGUGCAGUGUGAAAGGCCCGGGCAUAUCCAGCUAUGGGAAUAACCCUCAAGAGAUUGUCAAACCCAUUGACAACUGCAUGAGUAAAGUAAAGGAGAAAAUUCCAUCUCACUUGCAUAAAAAUACCCCAACAUAUCUGGGAGCUACAGCUGGAAUGCGACUACUGAGGUUGAAAAACGAAACAGCAGCCAAUGAAGUCCUUGGGAGCAUUCAAAACUACUUCAGAUCCCAGCCCUUUGAAUUUAGGGGUGCUCAAAUCAUAACUGGGCAAGAGGAAGGGGUGUAUGGAUGGAUUACAGCCAACUAUUUAAUGGGCAAUUUCUUGGAGAAAACCCUUUGGAGGAGAUGGGUCCAUCCUCAUGGAGCAGAGACUACGGGUGCGCUUGAUCUAGGAGGAGCCUCCACUCAACUAUCAUUUGUCCCAGAGGAGUGUGUGCAGAACUCCAAUAGCACGUUACAGGUGCAGCUGUAUGGCUAUGAGUACAGUGUGUAUACUCACAGCUUCCAGUGUUAUGGAAGAGAUGAAGCAGAGAAAAGGCUCUUAGCCUCACUAGUGCAGAAUUCAAGAAACAAGACCAAGGUUGAUAAUCCAUGCUAUCCCCAGAACUAUGAAACUGUUUUAACAAUGAAAAGUUUGUAUGGAAGCCUUUGCACGGUAUCUCUAAGGCCAACAAAUUACAACCCAGGCCAACUCAUAAAUUUCAGGGGAACUGGAGACCCAGCUCUGUGCCAAGAGAAGGUGUCCUUAUUGUUUAACUUCACUGCUUGCAAUGACAAGGGGGAAGACUGUUCAUUCAAUGGAGUCUAUCAGCCAAAGCUUAAAGGGAAGUUUGUGGCCUUUUCAGGAUUCUACUAUACAGCCAAUGCUUUGAAUUUAACUGGACGCUUUCCCCUAGCUGCUUUUAAUUCAAGUAUGUGGUUUUUCUGCUCACAGAACUGGAGUCAGCUUCCAUUUAUGCUGCCUAAGUUUGAAGAAGCAUAUGCUAGAUCCUACUGCUUUUCAGCAAACUACCUCUAUUACCUGCUUGUACAUGGAUAUAAAUUUAACACGGAGACUUGGCCCCAGAUACAUUUCCAAAAAGAAGUUGGUAACAGCAGUAUAGCAUGGUCUCUUGGUUACAUGCUGAACCUCACCAACAUGAUCCCAGCAGAAAGCCAGCUGAUCCAGCUACCUGUGAACCCUUUUUUGUUUGCUGGUCUCCUCUUUUUCUUCACAGCCGUGGCAUUGCUGUGUCUCAUCUUUGUUGUUUACUUGUGUGUUGUAUCACGCAUGCGAAAGAAUAUCAAUCAUAUGGACCACGUACUUGCUACAGAAUGAACAGACUCUCAGUGACAGCAGAAGACAAAAACUUGAAAUGUUCUUUGAAGAACUGCAUUUUAGAAAACCAAGGGAGAAAUAAAUAAAUAUAUUUAUAAAAAAAAGGGAAAAAGG